GUUCAACUCUCCUCCCUCUAAACGGGUGCAUCACUUCAACACACACUCAGUUCUCCAGUCAAGGAAACUAAUUCAGAGAGAAAAGAAAAGCAUCUUGGAAAAUUAACAUCGUCUGAAGAGAGAGACUCGAAAAACUUUUUUUUUUCUUUUUUCCGUCCCGGUCUAAAUCUAGAGGACAACAUGCCACAGAAAGAUUAUAACAGUCGUACCAGCUGGGAGUCCAACCUGAUGCAAAACAGUCACAGUGGAGUCAACCAGUUGGGAGGUGUGUUUGUAAACGGCAGGCCGCUGCCAGACACCACCAGACAGAAGAUAGUGGAGCUGGCUCAUAGCGGGGCGCGCCCCUGCGACAUCUCCCGAAUCCUACAGGUGUCCAACGGCUGUGUGAGUAAGAUCCUGGGCCGCUACUACGAGACAGGCUCCAUCCGACCACGGGCCAUAGGGGGGAGUAAACCCAGAGUGGCGACCCAAUCGGUGGUGGGGAAGAUCGCCACGUACAAGAGGGAGUGUCCGUCUAUCUUCGCCUGGGAGAUCAGAGACCGCCUGCUGGCAGAAGGGGUCUGCACUAAUGAGAACAUACCGAGUGUGUCCUCUAUAAACCGCGUGCUAAGGAACCUGGCCAGCGAGAAGCAGCAGGUGGGGCCCCCUAGGGUGGACGGGAUGUUCGACAAGCUCAGGAUGCUCAGCGGUCAGACCAACUGGGGCGGGCGCCUGCCGUGGUACCCCGGGACCACCCUGCCCAGCGCUGAGACGGAGGGGAGAGGAGCAGAGAAUACCAACUCAAUACAUGCUAAUGCUGAAGAUUCUGAGGAGACUCAGAUCAGACUGCAACUCAAGAGGAAGCUCCAAAGAAAUAGAACAUCGUUCACACAGGAACAAAUAGAGGCACUUGAGAAAGAAUUUGAAAGGACUCACUACCCAGAUGUGUUUGCCAGAGAACGACUUGCUGCCAAAAUAGACCUGCCAGAGGCGCGGAUACAGGUGUGGUUCUCAAAUAGAAGAGCCAAGUGGAGAAGAGACGAGAAGCUGAGGGCUCAGCGUCGCCAGUUGUCCAUCUCCUCCAGUAACAUCCCCAUCAGCAGCAGCUUCAAUACCAGUGUUUACCAGCCUCUACCACAGCAUGCUGCACCAGUGAGCUUCGCAUCAGGACCUGUGUUGGGAAGAUCAGAAGCAGUUCUAUCCAACAGCUACAGCAUACCAACCUUGCCCAACUUCACAAUGGCAAGCAGCCUGCCUAUUCAGGCACCAAGUCAAACUUCGUAUUCCUGUAUGCUACCUACGAGCCCAACAGUAAAUGGAAGAAGUUACGAGCCCUACACCAGCUCUCAUAUGCAGUCACAUGUCACCAGUCAACCAAUGACUACAACCACAUCAACAGGUCUUAUUUCCCCUGGAGUCUCGGUGCCAGUUCAGGUUCCAGGGAGUGAGGUAGACAUGCCCCAGUACUGGCCAUGCCUACAGUGAUGCCGUCCACAGGCCACACCCCUGUAAUCAUCAUGGACAUUUGAUUUUGGUGAUGCUACUUCCAACGUCUUGUCGGGACAUUAUCAACAAGAACAAUGAGGAACGUUGCGUGAGCAACGACUUAAAAAUGUGCCAGCAGAACAGCAGAACGACAAGACUGAUGGUGGAGCUGCAUUCCAUGUUACGUUCUCUGAAAGAACGAACAGAAAGGAUCUCAUGUAUUCAAGUGUUUGAAUGACUGAAUGAAAUUAAAGCUUUUACAACGGCAAGUGUCAGCAGCAGGUAUUGUUGUCCGGUGAAGUAAAGAAGGCCCACGAACCACAGGAUUUACUGAGGCGCAGUACAGAAGCAGUACAGGGUUGCAGUCGAAGAGCAUAACUGAAUAACCUCCUUUACUGGACAGCUGUUUUGCGUUCCUAAAACUAUCUUGAUGUCUUCUGUAUUUGUAACAGCUCUAAGUUUGUAACAUGUUGAUGGCUGAAAGAAAAAAUGAAUUGUUUGACACGUUUUCCAUGAGCAGAAGGAGACAGCAAAAAUGUGCCACACAAAAACGCUACACAGAAUAUGUACUGGAAAUCAUUGUUAUAUGUUUUGAUAUUGUAAAUAAAAUCUGCAAAAGAUAUUACUCUGCAGUGGCAUAGGCGGAGAUAAAAUUGAGAAAAUUCCCGAAUCACCUCUUGGUUAUACAAGACAGAAAGGCAAAAGACAAACACCUAGAAAUGAUUUCUCUUUGAAUGUUUACAGUAAGUAUAUAGUGAGUCUUUUGGGUAACCUGUUGAAAGGGCAUUUUGGAUUUUGGCAUUUUAAUAUCAAAGUAGAUGAUAAUUGUACUGCAUUUUAUGUACAAAAAAAGAAAUCCUCUCACAAAUUAAGUUUGGGGGCAAAAUAAAUCCAUAUUUGAACAUGCUGCCUCUAUGCACAGACUGACGACCUAAAACAUGCACCUUUUGUCGGUUUUAACUUGUCUUUUGUGGAUAUUUUGUGUAAGAUAUCCUUAACUUGAUCGCGAUAAUGUGAUGAACCAAUUAAAUGCCAAAAUAUUGAAAUUAAUGUUUUCAUUCUUCUUGAGAAUGGUGCGCUAAACCAUUUUAAUAAUGUUUUAUGUAAUGUGAGAGUAUUUAAUGGUGAUACAGCAACAGUUGAACACACAUUGCAGAAAACCAGUCCCAAAGCUUUCGUUUGUUAAACAGUACACGGCAUGUAAUGUUUGUUUUAUCCUUUAUCGUUAAUUAAUAUUAAACAGGCUUUUAAAUAACUGAUGUUGUUUCCUGAACAAAAAUAUAUAUCUAUAUCUACAGAUAUAUAUGUAUCUAUAUAUUAUAUA